UAACACUGCUUUGAGGAGGGCGCCAUACGAACAUGAGAUGAAUGUUCUUUGAGGCUUACAACACCCUCAAGCAUUGGCCGAGGUUCCACUGAUCUGCCUUGAGUAUCCUGAGGCGUGAGUCAAUGAGAAUGCGCUCGACGUGCUAUUGGCUGCAGCACUACCUGUUCAGAGGUGACCUAUGGCAAUAUUUUUGGGCGUAACAGAUCAUGCAAAUUGUAUAUAAUGUGAACACUCUGCUUCGAAAGGUGAGUGCAUUGAGUAUCCAGCGCUCUUGGUUUUCUUCACUUUUCAAUCUUCAACUCUCUUUUCAAAAAUGGUUGCAACAAGCAUGUCUGGAUCUGUUGAUGCCACCAGUCAGACUUCGUUCCAUAACCCAGCAUCUCAGCCUUCAGCUCAAUCUUCAAUCCAACCAACAAUUAGUGACGAGCCGGAUCACUCCAGCGAUAGUGAUGAUGGCUCAAAUUCUUCAUCUGUUACAGACUUCGAUACAACUCAUUGUCUCUUCUGCAAUAGCAUGUCCGAGAGCAUCGACACAAACCUCAUUCACAUGUCAAGAUCGCAUGGCAUGACUAUACCAUCGCCACAUCAAUUGACUGUCGACCCAACGACUUUGCUCACAUACCUCAACCUUGUGAUUUCAGUCUAUCACGAAUGUCUUUCUUGCGGAACCCAGCGACGCAACACUCAAGCAAUCCAACAACACAUGCUUGGAAAGGGACAUUGUGCAUUCGACAUCUCAGACGUGGAGUCCGAAUAUCGAGAAUUUUGGGAUUUCAGUGGGGAGCAGACGAAAGUAGAAGUGGAUGGUGACAAUAUUCUUCUGCCGUCUGGGAGGACAGUACUGCAUCGCUCGACUCGAACUACACAACGGCACCAGAGGCUGUCAACUUCAGACAUGACUUCCCUCUCGCUGUCACAAGCCUCGCUAUCCUCCACUCCGCUAUCCGACGACCAACCCACCACUACCUCACCUGUGCCCACCCAAGCAUCUCAAAAGCAAGCACUUACAAAACAAGACCUGCGCGCUUUAACCCUCAACAAACAUCUCAGCACCCUCCGCACGAGCGAUCGUCUUGCCCUGGCACAUCUCCCUGCUUCCGAACAACGUGCCAUCCUAUCUUCCCAACACAAACAACUUCAAAAAGCAAGACGGCAGGAACGAGAUAUGCAAGCACGACUGCAACGGAAGAAUAAUCAAACAAUGAUGCAGCAUUUCGUUUCUGAUGUUCCGGGUCCAAAACUGGGUUGAUAGUAUGUUAAGAAGAGACGAUAAAAUAAAAGUCAAUUCUUUAUUUUUGUUUCUAUUUGAGUGUAGAGUGUGUUGAAACUGUGCUACAUAUGUUUUCUCUGCAUCGAUUUUUUUUUGGAACUAGAUAGGAACUACCGUCCCCCUAUCCAUGGUCAACCCAAAUUCAUAGCCG